AUGGUUUUGACGCGGGUGAUUCACCGUUCAGUAUUCAUGCGAUGGUUUUGGAUUGAUGAUGCGUUCAUCAUAGCAGCUACAAUUUGCUCUAGUCCCCUGAACUGGUUGAUGUUUCCGAUGAAAGAAUUGGGACUCGGAACCAAUAUAUGGGCUGUGCCCUAUGAUGACAUCUCAAAAGAGCUGGAGCUACUAUACAUCGCAGAAGUCUUUUAUAUGAUUGCAGAGACCUUUACACAACUAUCCUUCCUUACCUUCUUUACACGGAUCUUCCCCUUUGAGCGUUACCGAAUGGUAGGAUACGCUUUGAUGGGGCUUUCGGUAUGCUUCGGGCUAUCCAAUACCUUCGUCAUGAUUUUCCAAUGCCAGCCCGUUUCAUACUUCUGGCACGGCUGGACUGGAGAAUAUCAAGGAGUCUGUAUCAACAUCAAUGCCUUCUCCUGGUUCAAGGCUGUAUUUCAAAUUGUGAUGGAUAUUGCAAUCAUCAGUCUUCCAAUUUGGCCACUCGUACACACGCAAACAACGACGCGAAAGAAGAUUCAGAUUGCGCUGAUGUUCUGUACGGGAUUUGCCGCAUUAACUCUUCUUUACACAUCAGACUCGAAUACUCCUGCGGUAUACUGGAGUGUUGUGGAAUGCGAUGUUGCGAUUAUUUGCGCAUGCAUGCCUACUAUCCCUCCUGUUCUAAGGAGCGUUUUCCCUUCGUUCUUCAGAAAGGAAUACGAAAGCCGAACUGCUGAUCGUCCUAGGAAGGAUCCCCAAUUGUUUCAUUUGUCAAACAUGAAAAAAAAUCGCCCGCCGCAUUUCAGCAACUCCCAGACGCAACUUGUCGAAGAUUCAGUUCAGGAAUUGCCAAAGAACUCUGCAUAA